GCUCGUUACUCUUGCAACAUAAUUCGAUAAAACGCCCACCGGAUUUACUGGGAUAGAAACCAACUGUGAAGACCAGUCAAGACGCCCCCCGGAAAGACCAGCCAAGACGCCCACCGGAAAGAUCAGCCAAGACGCCCACCGGGACGCAACAUUUCUCCGACUUUGGAAAUGUGGCCGAAAACCCGUCGGACAGUGGAAAGCGAGUGAAGGCCAGUUGCGGCCGGCAUUUUCCGCACUAGCGGUUGCACGAAGCCGUCCCAGAAGCCACCUCAGACCUAUUCCCCACGGGCCCAUGGAGGACCGUCGCGAGUACAUGACAUGGGGAAAUGCUUGUCAUUUUUCAAAGCUUAACAUUAUAAAACAUGAAGGGGAAAUGUGUCGACACUACAUCAUAAACAAACUAUACAGAGCAGAAUUAGGCACAAUGCAGACUUUCGUCUUUAAUCUCCUUGCGGCUGCUGUGAUGGCCUCGUCACUUGACACUAGGCAGUCGGCCACUCCGGCUGUGCUUGAUUUGGCUAUCACACAGGGCACUCCUCAACAGUUGGCCAGCGGGAUUCUUUACGGCGUUCCUGAUGUGGAGGAUCAGAUUCCAGACGUGUACUACACGGGCCCAAAACUCAACAAAUUCCGAGCCGGCGGCGCCCAACUGUUCGAUGUUGGCCAACGUGGAUGGCACUGGAAUGAGUACUCGGUUCGGUUCCAGUCUACAUUGAGCAACUAUCGCACUGCUCGCAAGUAUGGCGGCGUAUUCCAAUUGCUCCCACAUGAUAUCUGGGGCACGGAUACUGUCAAUAGCACAACUGCCUGGCCAGGUGAUAAUGACGACUGGACGAGUUGGGACGCGUUUAUUGACCAGCUCAUUGCCGACGUUAAGAUAUAUAACAUGACUCCGGGUUUGCAGAUUGACAUUUGGAACGAGCCCGAUAAUGCUCCCUUCUGGACCAGAACCAUUCCUCAGUAUCUGGAACUCUGGAGGAGAACCUACAUCAAGUUUCGGGUAGACCCAGUGCUCAGCACCCUUCCACUCGUGGGUCCCUCCCUUGCCGCCCCGGUGACUCGCAGCCACGCGUGGUGGUCCGCAUUCUUCCCCUAUGUCAUCGAGCAAGAUGUCAUUCCCGACGAGUACACAUUCCACCUCCUGAGGAACAUUGCCGACGUCAGCAACGAUCUGGCCUACACUCAGGCCGCCAUGAACUCGUACUACAAAAACGUCGGCGUCCCUGUUCGACCUUGGUGUGUCAACGAGUAUAUCAAUGCAAAUACUGAGCGCCACAAUUCUGCCACUGCUUGGCACAUGGCACGACUUGAACGCUACAACGCGACUGGGCUGCGAGCGAAUUGGCUCUCGACAUCAGGACUGCACGACUACCUGGCCGAGUUGGUCUACCGUCCCAACUCCAACUCGGAGUACUACCCUAACGGUGCGUGGCACAUGUACCGUUACUAUGCCCAGAACAUGACCGGAACCAGGCUUGCCUCGAUGACCUCGGGGGACGGUAAACUCGAUAUAUUCGGGACUCUGGGUAACGACGGCGUUGUCCGCAUUUUGACGGGUGUGCGUGCGUCCACGGGAACCUGGACCAUCCAAGUCAACAACCUGGAAAGCCUGGGCUUCCCGGCCAGUGGCAGUCUCACAAUACAAACCUGGGGUUUCGACUACUUGAACGCUCAGACUGCAUCGAUCGGACCCAGCGACCGUGGCAGAUAUACCCACAUAUACUCCAAUGGGACCUUGACUUUUCCCAUCCAUCAAACUACUGCGGAUCUGCAGACGGCGUGGUCCUUUGAGUUUGCCUUUCUAUGAUUAGUUUUUUCUACAGUGCAUCCACGGGCCCAUAGAUUGGUUGAUUGAUUGAUUGUAUGUCUGUCUUGAAACCUUCUUCCUAAAAGUGCGAUUCACCAGAACGACUUGUUUUGUAUUGUGUUGUGUUGUAUUGGGUUCGUCAGUCCACUUCGUAAUUACAGCAGAUCUAUCACUAG